AAAGUAUAGGGACUGGCAUGUGAUGGUCUUAAAGGUUCAUGGAGGAGAAUCAAUCAAGUCCGCAAGCAUCUGAAGAGGUCUCAGAGCAGUUUUUCCCAACAUCCGUAAGUGAGGACCAGCUCCAGGAAGCUCGAACAAAAUCCUUUCGGAGGAUAUUUGGCUCAAGCCAGAUCUUUUUAGACAAGGACGAUAAACAAUGGCAGUCCAAGCCAUGCUCAUUCCAAGACAUCGUGCAAGGAAAGGUCGCCGAGCAUUAUGAAAAUGGCUUGAAGUCUAUGUGCCAGGGACAAUGGGAAAAUGCUGUUAUUUCAUUUUCAAAAGCUAUUAAUCUGGACCCAGAAAAGCCAGAGCUAUAUGUUAAAAGGGCAGAGGCCUUCAUCCAGCUGUGCGAUUUCCAGUCUGCGGCUCUAAACCUACAGAAAGCCUGCUACACCGCUCACCCUCGGAAAGAGGAUGUUGAACUGCUGGCCUUCACGUACUACCUGCAGGGCCAGAGCCUGUUUGAACAGAGCUGCUUCAUUGAUGCGUUGGAGUCUUUUACACGAGCUGCUGAGCUACAGCCCGGGAGUGCACAGUACCACAUGCACAGUAUUUCUUGUCUUGAGGCUUUGGGGCGGCAUGCAGAAUGUAUCCGUUUGGUCAAUAAGAAGCUGGAAGAGGAACAAGGCAAUGCUGAUCUCUAUGCAUUGCGUGCCAGACUGUACAAAUAUCUCAACAAGACCACUCUGAGCUAUAAGGAUGUACAGACAGCUCUCUCAUUAAAUCCUCAUCAUAAUGAAGCACGGACCUUGCAGGAAAAACUGGUGGCAAAUGCAGAAAAGGGAAAGGCAAAAGCAGUGAAUUAUGCAGUCCAAGGCCAGUUUCAAGAGGCACUAAGCCACAUCUGCUUCGCCAUCGACAAUAAUCCAUCCUCUGCCGAGUACCAUAUAUUCAGGGGCACAGUGCACAAGGGGCUGAAAGAUUACAGUGCCGCUGUGGAUGACUUUGUGCUGGCGAUGCAACUGUGCAAUGCAAACGGUGAAGAGACUGACCAAGCAAUGGAGUUACACUCACAGGCUGAGUACCAGCUCCUCCUUACCUACAAUGACUUUGCUGUGCACUGUUACAAGAAAGGAUUCUACCAAGAGGGGGUGCAACUCCUUAACAAGGCUCUAAAGGGAGAAAAGAACAGGAAGGAGCUGUAUGUCAAUCGGGGAGAUUGCUUCUUCCAGCUCGGGGAGAUGUCGUUUGCCUUGGCAGAUUAUGAGCAGGCUUUUGAGUUAGAUGCUACAGACUGGGGAGUGCGGACUCGUGUAGCCAAAGUUCUGGACGAAAUGGGACUGCAGGCUCAGCAGCGGAGGCAGUACGAUCAAGCUGAAAGCCAUUUCUCUGAAGCCAUCAAUAAACAACCCCUACUGCCACAGUUGUAUCUGCAUAGGGCUCGCGUCAGACGUUGGCUACAGAACACAGUGGAUGCAGAAGAAGAUGCUGUUAUCUCAGUUGUGUUAAACCCAUACAGUGAUGAGGCAGCUCCUGCAGUGAUGACUUUCUUUCCUGGUAAAACCGUGGAGGAGAUUGUGAGCAGUAAACUGGCCCAAGCAGCUCAUAGUGCGGUGGAAAGGAACCUGAAAGGUCUUCCUAUUACCUGGAAAGACACUGGCCUCCUCUUGCAUAAAAAUGCAGAAUCAUCCGCUGCUCAAAAAGCAGAGGGCCUGGCUGUAUGUAUGAAGGAGGACCAGCUGAUGGAGCAAGUGGUUCUAAAACACAGGAAGAUUAACACAGAGAUCCAGACAGCUCUGAAUAGAAGAGGUCGUUUGCAGUCUAAACCCUCUCGUGAACCUCAGUUGCCACCAGCUAAAGAGGAACCAUGUAAUGCCAGUGCACCCUAUCACUGGAAGAACUUCAGUUCAGGCUUGGAACCUCCUGAAUAAUGACCUUCACCAAACUGGUUUGCAGAAUUGAGGCCAAAAUGGAAAAGGUGGGGGAAAGAAAAUCCCAAUAUUAAGAUUAAAUCCUGCAUUAACACCCCACACUCACAAAGAAAUCCACCACUUAUUAAAUCAGCAUUUUAUUACUUGACAUGAGAUACAAAGUGGAUCAUUAUUCAUUUGUAAUAUCUGUACCAGAUAUAUGGAGUUGAAGAUAACGACCCUAUUAUUUUUGUACUGUAAAGCAGAAUGCUCAUUUGAGAAAAUACAUUUUCACCUAUAUUAUAGAAACAAUAAUCCAACAAAUAAAAACAUAUGUUUAAAACCCAAUCUGAUUCUUCUCCAGUCUCUCCUAACCUCUAGUUUGGCCAACCUGACCGUAAUCAUUGUUGUAU